UCUGCUUCCCACUAAGUCACAUGAAGCACGGUUCGGACCCAAUCCGGACUCAGCUUGGACUUGGCCCGGGACCGAGCCAAAGACUGGUCCAAACGCACUACAGUCUUCAGACUUAGUCCUAGACUCAGGGCCAACAGCCAAUCACGUAACAUUCACAAUUCUAGAACUCGAAAUGCCUGUUGGUCCAUCUGACCAAUCCACGGGACCAGUUUAA